AUGAAGUCGUUCAUUUCUUUAGAUGGUAUUGAUGAAGCGCCUACAGCAUUGCUGGAAAUAGUUACUCUGCAAAUUCAUCAUGUGUCAAUUUUCCAGAAAAUUAUGAUGGCUAUUGAAAUCGGUGUUCAGUUAGCUCGUGAACAUAUCAUGUCUUUAUUAAGCGAACUGUGCUCUUCAGUAGUUUUGACAAUCGAUCAAUUAACUUUGGGUAUCAGGAAUGUCUGUGCUGAAUUACCAGAUUUUCAAUUAAAUGUACCUGUUGCCUAUAUACUAACGGAAUCAAUUAUGAAUAAGGUUUUUAAAGAGGGUUUUUGGCCUUAA